CGUAUAUAAUCAAGUUCGUUCCGUUGAAUGUCACAGAUCAGGAGAAAUGUUCGCGUUAGUAGUUUUCGUCGUGGCCAUCUUCGGAAGCGUCGCCGCCGACAGUCGCAAUUUCGGACAAUGUCCGCACAUCGAUCCACUGCCCCACUUCGAGAUGCACAAGUUCUUGGGCGAGUGGUACGCGAUCCAAAGGACGGCCACUGAUGUACCCUGCCUCACUUACAACAUCACCGAGAAGCCCGGGCACCCAGGGUACUACCACUUCAUCGAGUCGCAUCCGAACUCCAAACUUGCUCAGCUCGUAGGUCUUGGACCAGAAAACAAAAAAGUCGGCGACCUCUGCGCGAAAAACGAAAAGGAGCCGGCAGUGAUGGACCUGGAGUUACCCUACGAAAUCGGAUCCUCCAAGUUCACAGUCUUCAUGACCGACUACGACAACUACGCCGCGAUCUUCGUCUGCAAAACCUACCCCCUCACAUUCAACAGAUUUAGGAAAUGGUCGGCCCAAAUCCUCUCCAGAACCCCCACGCUCGCCAUCGAGUACAUCGAAAAGAUACGCACCCGGCUCGCCGCCUACAACGUGGACCCGUUCACUUUGAGCAAAAUCAACCAGCACCACUGCGAGUACCACGAUCACCACGAAUCAACGGCCCAAACGGAUGCGACGCUGGUGCAGACCUCCGACGGAAAAGUCGAAGAGAACAUGGUGCUUAACAGCAAGACGGAGGACGACAGUAAAAUCGACGAAAAACCGGAAGUGUUCGAGCUGUACGACUCGCAAGCGACUUCCGACAAGCCCGUCGUCCCCGUAGGCUCCUACGGCGGCCACACAAAUCCGAACCCCACGGAAAUUCCCGUCUGAUCCUGUAUUUAUUUAUUUAACAAUAAAACGUUAAGGUCA